AUGUACUGGCCUACAGCGACUACACGUCUCGUUGAUACACCGUCACCGCUUGAUAGUAAACCCAUCAAACGCGUCAAAUCAAGCAGGAAAGGUAAUUUCUUCGCGAGUCUCACUGAAGAUGGUUUAGGAGUAUGGGAUGUCAGACCGACGGUCUUACAAGCUGCUAUCAUCAGGUCGCCGGCGAGCCUCGAGCGAUUCGGGGCGAAUGUUGAUGUGUUUUGGGCAUAUGAUGGAAGAGGCUUAAUAAUCCUGACCAGUACAUCCCAUUUGUUGUUUUACCAACUCGUUCCAUCCUCUCGACCAUCCUAUAAUUCACCUGGACCUUCAACCCCUGGACCAGGUGAAGGUGACGUAGUGAUGGGUUGGGAUCUGCGAGCAUUAGGAACAGCUUUCAUCAUGGGAAGAUGCGAAUCACUUGUCACUCAACCUCAUAACCUCCUCAUGAUCCUUCAACAUCCACCUUCGAUCCUCUCGGUUCCAUGGCCUGUACCAAGUCAACUACUUUCUCCUCCUGGGUCUCAUUUCCCUCCACCGCCUCUAGAUGGGGAUUCUGAAACCCAAGUAGAUUGUGCAGUAUGGGAUUUAUCAAAUGCUAAAGACUGGAUGAUCGGAGGUGGAAAUGACAAUUUACCAUUACCUAAAGAAAUCACUUGUUUCCGUACACCAGGUUUACCGUUCGUGUAUACAUUGCUUAACCAAGAUGGAAGGUUAUACGUUUUUUAUCAAUCGAACCAACUUUCACAAAUGCCAAUCUCAGAUUCUCAAAGAGCAGAACUGAAUUCUGGACCGAAAUAUGUAGGAGUUAAAGUACAUCCUCCACCUAAAACGCAUGAUGUAACAAAACGAGUCGAGGCCUUAGGAUUCAGGCAAGACCUGAAAGAUGACGGAGAAGGUGUGGACGACAGGGCUGUACAUGUAUCUGUCAAUCCCAGAUUCGGAUUGAUGGCUAUUGGUUUGAUAAGUGGCAAGAUAAACAUCAUUUCAUUACCUCCAUAUCCUGCUCAACCGAGACUAUCACAUACACUUGACCUCAGGAUAUCGGCAAACCUCCACUCCUCACCCGGCAGUGUAACGAGCCUUGCUUGGACAGGAGAUGGAUACUGCCUCGCAGCAGGAUACGAGAAAGGCUGGGCGGCGUGGAGUAUGGGUGGCAGAUUAGGUGGCUGGGGAGUGAAAGACAACGAUGAAACUACUAGCGACGAGGCAAUUGGGGUCAAAGAUCUUUUCUGGGUACCAGGGAAUCUAGAAGUGUUCCUUCUUCGACCUGAUCAUAAUCAUGGACCUCAGCUGGAAGUUGUGUCUUUCGUUAAGAGCGCAACAACGAGUCAGCAAUCGCCGGAUAACACGCGAUACGCCUUCUUGCAAAUGGAUGAUCGCGUCUUGGUAUAUAGAGGAGCAGAUCAACCAGAUAUGAGUGUGAUCAAUCCCGAGUCUGACGUGUGGCAAAGCAUCAAGAUUCCUUCGGCCUACAUCGCCACCAAUUGGCCGCUCAGAUACGCCUCUAUAUCUUCGGAUGGUAAAUUGAUCGCAGUAGCUGGGAGGAAAGGCUUGACCCAUUAUUCAGCAGCAUCGGGACGGUGGAAGCUGUUUCCCGAUGAGAGACAAGAAAGGGAAUUUUCAGUCAGAGGCGGACUUCUUUGGUUCCAUCACGUCUUGAUCGCUGCCAUUGACAUUGAAAAGACACAUCAAAUUCGACUGUACUCGCGAGAUUGGGAUUUGACCGAGAUCCUUCAUACCCAAACUCUUCCUUCUCCAGUGUUGGUCAUGACACUUCUCGAUAAUUCUUUGUUGGUCUAUACGGCCGACAACACCUUGUACCACUUUCUGAUCUUACCUACUCAAACUUCUAUCAAGCUACAUUUAUGCGGCAGUAUCAGUUUUAGGGGCAUAGUUCAGGUGCCUAGUAGAGUGAGAGGGAUGAGUUGGAUGAUACCGUUGGCGCAGAAGAAUCUCGGCGAUCCAGCGGAUGAUCUUAUAGUAGCGACCAUAAUCUUCUUGGUCGAUGGAAAGCUGGUGCUCCUCCGACCACGCAGAGCUCGUACAGAUGAGGUCCGAUACGAUAUGCAAAUCCUUGCCGAUCGCAUCGAGGUUUACUGGACACAUUUACACGGUGUAGCUACGCUCGAAAACUCCUUAUGGGGAUAUGAUGGUCAAAAUAUGAGAAUUUGGUUGGAUGCUCUUACAAUCGAAGCUACUCGAGUUGAUAGUACCAGUGAUAGUUAUGAAGUGGUCGAAGAGAGUGUCAAGCUUAGGUUAGAUUUCUAUCCACUGUCUAUUCUGAUGGACAAAGCAAUCAUAAUAGGAGUUGAUCCUGAAUCAUCACUAAGACUUCCAUGGCCAAUAUACAAGAUAUCAACCUCCUCGCAUCUAUUUUUACCACAGUUCUUGAGAUAUCAUCUAUCGUCUUCACAGCCAAACCUGUUGAACGCAUUGAUUUUAGCUAGACAAUAUGAUAAAUUGGUAUACUUCGCUCACUCCUUGGAGAUACUGUUACAUUCAGUAUUGGAAGAUGAAGUUUCAAAACCGACUCUUCCGUCUAAACUAUCCUCAUCUUCCAUCGAUUUGAAUGAUUCUACUCCUUCUACACCAAAGAUGAAUCUCCUGUCAGCAGUAAUUCAAUUCUUGGAUCAUUUCUCAUCAUCACUAGAAGUAGUUGUGGGUUGCGCUCGGAAGACAGAGGUCGAUAGAUGGAAGGUAUUAUUCGAUAUAGUCGGAUCACCAAGGGAAUUAUUCGAAAUCUGUCUCAAGGAAGGCAAACUUAGAACUGCGGCGAGUUACUUGUUAGUCUUGCAUGGAUUAGGUGAAGGUGAGGAAAUUGACGAUACAAUACGGUUACUCAGACAAGCUAUCAAUGCAAAAGAAUACCACCUAUGUAAAGAACUUUUGAGGUUCCUGCAUUCAAUAGAUGAUUCAGGAUCGGCACUUACUCUUGCUGUCAAUCAAGUUGGAAUUUUAACUUCGGAACCAACUUCACCUAUUCUCGAUGUAGAACAACCAUCAUCUACGCCUUUAGUAUCGCACCAAGACGUGAAUCUUUCAACCCCAAGUAUAACUUUAUCAUCCUCGACUCCAGCAUCACACAAUGACCUCACCAACACGACCUCUCAGGCGGAUCUGCCAGAGGGUGAUAAAGAACUAAAGCAGGAAAGGGUCAACUCGCCUUUCCAGCUGAGUUCAGAGAGGAUGUAUAUGACUCCUCCUUCGCCCAGGACCGUAGAUAGGUUCGAGGUUAAUCCAGAAAUCCAAGACGGGAUUGAAAGUAUCUUGGAAACGCCCCAGAGUGCCUCGAGAGAUUGA